AUGUUGAUAAAAAGUCAUGACCCUAUCGCGGUCAAACAAGAGUUAGAGGAAGAAAAAUCGUCAGAGACGAGGUCAUCGUUAGACGAGGAACUCGAAGAAAUCAAAGAAUUCCAUUUUCAUGUCUAUUUCUUUCAGGACAAUCAAAAAAAUAGAGAAUCAGCUUUGGCACUACGCGAGAAGAUUGUGGAGUUGACGAAAAAAGGAUUCUUCCACCCAGUCCCAUUUCACAACAUAAAUUUUUCACCGGUCGGACCUCAUUCGAUCGGUUCGUAUGAGGUCUGGUGUCCGAAAGAAUACUUUUCACGCACAUACUCGUGGUUCUUACUUAAUCGCGGUGUUCACUCCGUGCUCGUCCAUCCGUUGACCAAAGAGCAAUUAAUAGAUCAUACUGAUCGUGCGGCAUGGAUGGGACAGUCUGUACCGCUAGACCUGAAAAAGUUGCCACCUGUGUUAAAGGAGGUACCGAAGCAAUACCCGGAGUUGGGGUUGGGGUAUAGUGCGCCCGAAGAAAAAAAGCCCAGAAACUAA